AUUUUACCACUAUCGUACCGGUAGCCAUUGCACUUUUUCGUUCAAUGUGUUUUGGUGCGCGACAUGCAUGAGUAGAUUCUGCAAUUAUACUUACCGUAAUGCUGCUUAGUCAAGCGAAAACAGGCUCUCGUAUUCUAUCUGCAGGUUUUCGUGCUUUGUCCACGACUUCUUCGAGAAACAUGCCAAUCAAGGCUGGAGACAAGAUUCCCAGUGUGGAGCUGAUGGAGGACAACCCGGGGAACAAGGUCAACAUGGCCGACCUGCUGGCAGGCAAAAAGGCAGUCAUAUUUGCUGUGCCAGGGGCGUUCACUCCGGGAUGUUCUAAGACUCAUCUUCCUGGCUAUGUAGAAGAUUUUGAUAAGAUCAAGGCUAAGGGAGUUGAUCUGGUGGUGUGUGUCUCCGUCAACGAUCCAUUUGUUAUGUCAGCGUGGGGACAGGCCCAUGGAGCUGCUGGGAAGGUCCGUAUGUUGGCAGACACCCUUGGUGAAUUCACGAAGGCCGUGGAUAUGGAAUUUGAUGCAAAAGCAGUUCUUGGGACUGUACGUUCAAAACGCUAUGCUCUGGUCGUUGAGAAUGGCACGGUGAGCCAAGUGCAGUUGGAACCAGAUGGAACCGGUUUGACCUGCUCUCUCUCCAACAGUCUGCUGUCCUCUCUGUAAAGUUGGAUCUGCUUGAGAUAAGCAUGUAAGAACCAAUCACAUGGUGCUGCUGACUGUGUUCAUGGGUCAUUCUAUAAAUUCAGGGUCCAAA